AUGUGGACGGGCCUGAUCCGGCGCUUCUCGACCGAGGAGCAGCCGCGCACGCUGAGCCCGUUCCGCCCGCCGCCGCUGGACCCGGUCGUGCUGCACGGCUACAAGGACAGCACGCCGCCCGAGUCGCGGCUGCUGACGCCGGCGGUGGCCGAGGAGAUCCGCACCAUGGUGCCGGAGCGGCUGCGCAUCUCGGAGGACUGGCGGCUGGUGUACAGCCUCGCGCAGAACGGGACGAGCCUCGCGACGCUGUACCAGCAGUGUCGGCAGUACGAGGGCAUGAGGGUCGGGUUUGUGCUGGUGGUUAAGGACCAGGAGGGAGGGACGUUUGGCGCCUACCUCUCCGAAUACCCUCACCCGGCCCCGUCCUACUUUGGCAACGGCGAGUGCUUCCUGUGGCGGGCCUCGACGCUGACGUCUCUCCCGCCGCCGCCCUCGGCCGACACGACGCACCUGACGCGCAGCACGACGCUCGCUCCUCCGCCACCACCACCACCAACAACAACAACAACAACAACAACAACAACAACAACACAGUCCGGCACCUCGACGCCUCGGUCGGUGGACACGACGCCCGGGAUCCGCUUCAAGGCGUUCCCCUACAGCGGCCUCAACGACUUCUACAUCAACUGCGAGACGGGCUUCCUGAGCGUGGGGUCCGGCGGCGGCCACUACGGCCUGUGGCUGGACGACUCGCUCGACGUCGGGCACAGCUCGACCUGCGAGACGUUUGGCAACGAGCCGCUGAGCGACGCGGGGCCCAAGUUCAGCGUCAUUGGCGUCGAGCUGUGGGUGAUUGGCGCGAAAUGA